CACAGAGAGCCGCUGCCUGAUGACAGUAAUAAUAUCACAAUUUUCACCCGCAUCUUAGACAGACUGUUGGAUGGAUAUGACAACAGACUACGUCCAGGGCUGGGAGAGAGUGUGACUGAAGUGAGGACAAACAUUUAUGUGACAAGUUUUGGGCCUGUGUCAGACACGGAUAUGGAGUACACCAUCGAUGUAUUUUUCCGCCAGAGUUGGAGGGAUGAGAGACUGAAAUUUGACGGGCCUAUGCAGGUGUUACCACUCAACAACCUCUUGGCUAGUAAGAUCUGGACGCCUGACACAUUUUUUCACAACGGAAAGAAAUCCGUGGCUCACAACAUGACAACUCCAAACAAACUUCUCCGAUUAGUUGACAACGGCACUCUUCUCUACACUAUGAGGUUGACCAUUCAUGCUGAAUGCCCCAUGCACCUGGAGGAUUUCCCCAUGGACGCGCAUGCCUGUCCCCUGAAAUUUGGAAGCUAUGCAUAUACCAACAAUGAGGUGAUUUAUCUCUGGACUCAGGAAGAUGAGCGGUCCGUUUCAGUAGCUGAGGAUGGUUCCAGGCUCAACCAGUAUGACCUACUGGGGCACGUUAUUGGCAAAGAAACCAUAAGUUCCAGUACAGGGGAAUAUGUAGUGAUGACAACAUAUUUCCAUUUGAAAAGGAAAAUUGGAUAUUUUGUGAUUCAAACCUAUCUUCCCUGCAUCAUGACAGUCAUACUGUCACAGGUGUCCUUCUGGUUAAACAGAGAAUCAGUUCCCGCACGAACCGUAUUUGGGGUCACCACUGUCCUCACCAUGACGACCCUAAGCAUCAGUGCCCGCAACUCCCUCCCCAAGGUUGCCUAUGCUACAGCCAUGGACUGGUUCAUGGCAGUGUGCUAUGCCUUUGUCUUCUCUGCAUUGAUUGAGUUUGCUACAGUCAACUACUUCACCAAGCGCAGCUGGGCCUGGGAUGGGAAAAAAGAGGGCAUGGAAGUCAGGGAACCGUUUCAGGCUAACAUGGCCAGGAUUAACGAUAUGAGAAGAGAAUCUGCAACUCUCUCCAAAAAGGCGAACAACACUUUCAACAUUGUUGGAACAACCUACGCCAUCAACGUAGCAAAGGACCAAGGUUUAACAACCAUUUCUAAGAGUGCCGGCACGGGGGCGUCAGCCAAACAUUCCUAUCUUCAUAAAAUGGAUGAUCCCUACACAGAAGCCAAGAAGUCUUACAACCGAGUCAGCAAAGUGGACAAGAUAUCACGCAUCAUUUUCCCUAUCCUUUUCUUCAUCUUCAACUUGGGCUACUGGGCCACAUAUGUCAAUAGAAAGCCUGCCAUCAUAGAGGCAAAUAACCUCAAUUGA